AUGUCGGGCCAGGGAGACCAGUUGGACAAAAUGUCCACUUUGCUGGCAGAAGUGGCUGCUCAGCAAGAACAAGUGAAGCUGCAAGGAGCACGGCGUGAAGAGCAGCAUCAAGACCUUACUGAACGCAUGAGUCAGUUGGAAGCACGCAUGGAUGCCCCACAGUCUUCGGCUGCUGUGCUAAUUCCGACUCAGCUGCAGCCACAAUCCUUCACAGUUCCGCUAGCCCAGGGGGUAGACCUCAACGCCCCGGCUACAGUCGGGCAGUGCAUGGAGUUAGUGCAGAUGGCGAUGCAACAGAAGGUCGCCCCAGCUCUCGGAGCAGUCUACUCCUCCCUGUCCACCUCACAGGUGAGGACAAACGAGCGAGUGGGCAACCUGGAGCAGCAGGUCCGGGCCCUUCGCAUCCGCACUGCAUGGGCUGAGAAGGACAUGCUCUUCUCACAGAUCGAGCAGGCCAAGCGCACCAUCGUAUGCCGCAAUUUCCCCACCUGGCAGACGGAGGCGGACCGCCGUCUCACAGUGGAAAAGGCCCUUGCGAAAGCUGGGCUGUGGAACAUUGAUGGUAUGUGGGACCUGGCCACGACUCGGCUAGACACGGGCACGCCAGGCAAGCCGGAGCUCUCGGCCACAUCCAUCCUCACAGUAUCGGACAGGGUGUACCCUUGGUACUUCCACCAGGAGAAGCCUGGGACAACGGAGGAACCCAAGGAGCCCGAAGAGGCAAACGACGGUUCUGAAGGAACGACUGAGAAGACCCCGGCGGCAUCCUCACAGGCAGCCGGGUCCAAAGAGGAAGCCCAGACCUAUGAGUAUAAGGGCGGCGGUCCUGGCCUGUAA